AUGUUCUACCAAGGCGAUUUACAAAGCGGCAUUGCUCUCGCCAUGCGCGAGGCAAAGGCUGUUGUCUGUUUCGUUCGGGACAAUCAGGAAGAAAGCACUCGUUGGGAAGAUGAUUAUUUUGAUAACGAUGAGCUACGUGAGCUGCUUUCAAAUUAUGCGGUUGCCCUUCGCCUCGUAGCCGGUACCCGAGAAACGGGAUUUCUGAUCUCGAUAUGUCCCGUCCAAAGCUAUCCGACCCUCAUAGUGAUAAGGAAUGGUGUGGUACAGGAAUAUAUUUUUUCCGGGACGAUGAAGGAUGAAUUUCAGACAAGGUUGAAGACGGUGCUCGCAGCAUCGCCAAAUCCGAAUACGGCCCCGAUUGCUCCUACUCCCCCUCCUGCUGCUGCCCAACAGGGAAAUUCACAAACAAUUGGAACUACGGCGACGACGGAUCAUGAUCUGAACCAAACUCACACGCCCGUAGCUCAAUACCAAAACCAUCAAGCUACGAUAGAGUCGACAGAGCGGACAAAUAGGCGGAAUGUACGGGAUGGCAAACAGCCUGACAAACAGAUGACAGCCGAAGAGAAGAAGGCUAUGCAAGAAAAAGAAGACCGUCGUGCAUUGCAACUCAAGAUACAACGCGAACAAAAGGAACAGAGAGAAGAGCGAGAGAGGAUUCGGAAUCAAAUCAAACAUGACCAGGAAGCCCGAAGGCAGCGCGCUGCAGAAGAGAAAGGCAUUUCAUCCACUUCUUCCUCUACUCCUAAGAAUAUUUCAGCAGAAAGGCCAGAGAAAAGACAGGCAUCAGAUUAUCGCCUGCAGAUCCGUCUCUUUGAUGGUAGUUCAGUUCGCCAUAACUUUCCACCUUCGGCAACAAUUCGAAAGGAUAUUCGCCCUUGGCUUGAAACUCAGCGUUCAGAUGGUUCUCAGCCUUACAAUCUCAAACACAUAUUGACUCCUCUCCCAAACCGCACUAUCUCUGUGUCAGAAGAGGAGCGUUCAUUAGAGGAAUUAGAAUUGGGACCAACAGCUAGUCUGGUCAUGGUCCCAGUACCAUCGUAUAUCGAAGCAUACGCCCCAUCUGGAGUGAUGAGCGGUCUUCCAGGUCGCGUGAUAUCAUCGGGAUAUGGCCUUGUCUCCGGAGUAGUGGGUGGUGUGACUGGGAUGGUUGGAGGUCUCUUGGGAUAUGGCAGUACUCCUGAUCUACAAGCAACAUCAACAUCAGAUUCUACCGGUAACAACCAUACGCGGCCUACGACAACAAGAAGUAGUCAGAAAAUAAAUAUCCGAACACUGCAUGACCAGUGGAAUGACCAAGAUAGGAAUGAAUUUUAUAACGGCAACACUUUAAAUUUUGAGCCGAAGAAAGAUGAUGAUUCUAAAGAGAAGUGA